UAAUAAAACAAAUCAAAGUUUUUAUUUGUUAGUUCAAUAAUGAAAUUCUUUACCAUUAGUGUUUUAGUUCUUACUUUGCUUAGUGUUGUAAGCCAUGAAGUCGAAGGAGGAAGCCGAAAGUUUAGGUCAACAGAAGAAGAUCAAGAACUUGAAAGGCAAGUCAAUAGCUUGAAUAAGACACCCAUACAGAGCUUCAAGAACAAAUUUGGUGAACUAAUCGAUUGCAUCGAUGUCUACAAGCAACCCGCUUUUGACCACCCUUUGCUUAAGGAUCAUAACCUCCAGGUACAUUGUCCAUUUAUAUAUAUUUUUCCCAACAUAAAAAAGUUGGACUAAUUGAAAUUUGUACUGUUGCUCAUCAAAUAGAUGAGACCAAGCUCCCUUCCCAAAGAAUUGAAAUUGAGAAGAGACGAUAAUAGAAAAAUUAGUAGACAAAAUAAUCCAAGUGAAUCUAAGGUGUGUCCUUAUGGAACAGUCCCUUUCAAAAGAGUUACAAAGGAAGAUUUGAUAAGGGCUAAAGUUGCAUUUCAACAUGCACCAAACCCGCAUUAUGCAGGGGUUACUACACCAAAUGAUCCCUCCAAACAGCUUUGGGGAGCUGCAACUGAUAUUAGUGUCUAUAACAUAACAGAUCAAAAGGGCCAAUAUAGCCAGGCUCUACUAUGGGUUGGAACUAGCAUCAAUGGUCCAUAUAACAGUAUAGAAUACGGGUGGACUGUAAAUGAAGGACUGUACGGAGAUGGUCUAUCGCGAACCUAUAGUUUAUGGACAUCGGAUGGUCUUCAAAACGCGGGAUGUUACAAUGCACUUUGCCCAGGAUAUGUGCAAGUGAGCCAAAAACGGAUAAUGGGCGAACCUAAUCAUCCAGUUACUAUUCCGGGUGAAGACGUCUAUUCAAUGGAAUUUCAGAUUUUCAAGGAUCCAAAUACAAGCAAUUGGUGGCUUUUCGAGAACUUAGGCGAUGUAGCUCAUGAACCAGUAGGUUACUGGCCAAAGGAGAUACUUCCGAAGAUGUCAAGUUUUGCAUCAGUGGUGCAAUUAGGAGGGAAGGUUUCGAGUCCUAAUGACGAGCCUAGCCCGGCUCGUAUGGGUUCCGGUGUUUUUAUGCCAGAUGAUUUUACAAGAACUUGUUACGCUUCUAAUAUCCAAUUUGUUAAUAAUAAUUACGAGUUUUACGAUCCAAAAGACGAAAAAAUGCUUGUGGUUGGUGAUGCUCCUGAUACUUACAAAGCUGCAUACCUAGGAGAUGCAAGUAAGGAUCAUCCUGGAAGAGGGUAUACACUAGUGUUUGGAGGACCUGCCCUUAGGUAGAUAGGGCUACAACAUUAAUUAAGUAUGGUCUUUAAGCUAAAUCAAGCUAAUUAUAUUAAUAGCUUUUGGUAAACAAGCUGAAUUAUCAUUUAUUUAUGUUAUAAGCUUUUCAAAUGUUAUAAAAUGAAGAAGAGUAUAAAAAAAUUAUGGAUCAUUUAUGGUCUUUUAGAU